AUGCUGGGAGUGUAUGAAGAUCUGCUGAAGAAGGGGACUUCCAUGGAAGAAGAGGCUGAGGAUGAGAUUGAAGACAUUCAACAGGAGAUUCAGGUACUCAGCCAAUGCGACUCUGCAUAUGUGACAAAGUAUUUUGGCAGCUACUUGAAGGGGUCGAAAUUGUGGAUUAUCAUGGAGUAUCUUGGUGGUGGCUCGGCACUCGACCUCACGAAAAGCGGCAAAUUAGAUGAAUCACAGAUCGCCGUGAUAGUCCGUGAGAUUCUGAAGGGCUUAGAGUAUCUGCACUCGGAAAAUAAGAUUCAUCGAGACAUCAAAGCGGCCAACGUGCUGCUUCACGAAUAUGACGGCGGGGUCAAGCUGGCCGAUUUCGGGGUGGCCACUCAUCUUUGGACAAUCAGUGGGAAAAAGGCGGAAACAUUUGUCGGCACCCCAUACUUCAUGGCUCCGGAAGUGAUCACGCAGUCGCGAUAUGACGAUAAGGCCGAUAUCUGGUCACUGGGGAUCACAGCAAUCGAACUUGCGAACGGUGAGCCCCCUCACUCCGAUCUCCAUCCAAUGAGGGUGCUAUUCCUAAUUCCGAAAAAUCCGGCGCCCCAUCUGACCGGUUCCCAGUGGACAAAAGGUUUCAAGGAUUUUGUGGAAGCCUGUCUAAAUAAGGAUCCGGAUCAGAGACCUGCCGCUAAAGAACUCCUGAAGCAUCCCUUUAUCCGCAAGGCCAAGAAAAAUUCAGUCCUGCUUGAGCUCAUCGAAAGGGCACAAGCGCACAGGUGGGGG